UUGUCCGGACUCCGGCGGCGGCGGUGGCGGCGGCGGUGGUCGGUGCUGCGCGAGCGGUGGCGGCGGUGGCUCGGCGGGACCGAGGGCGGGAGCGGCCGAGACCAUGGCUGGAGGCAAAGCUGGAAAGGACAGUGGGAAGGCCAAGGCUAAGGCAGUGUCUCGCUCACAGAGAGCUGGGUUACAGUUUCCUGUGGGCCGCAUCCACAGACAUUUGAAGACUCGUACCACAAGUCACGGAAGGGUCGGUGCCACUGCUGCAGUGUACAGUGCCGCAAUUCUGGAGUACCUCACUGCUGAGGUGCUGGAGCUGGCAGGUAAUGCUUCCAAGGAUCUCAAAGUUAAGCGGAUCACUCCGCGCCACUUGCAGCUUGCAAUCCGUGGUGAUGAAGAGUUGGAUUCUCUUAUCAAGGCUACCAUAGCUGGGGGUGGUGUGAUCCCUCACAUCCACAAGUCUCUGAUUGGAAAGAAGGGACAGCAGAAAACUGCUUAGAGAGUUGUUCUAACCAACCUUCUUCCUCCCCGUCAUUGUACUGUAACUGGGACAGAAGAAAUAAUGGGGAUAUGUGGAAUUUUUAAAACAGUUAAGUGGAAAAGCAUAGACAAUUUACUGUAGAUAUGAAAAAGAAACAUUUGUAUGUUCUUAGACUCGAAGUUUGAUAAAAAUAUCUUUUCAUGUAGCAACAGUUGUGUGUUGAUUGGCUAGGUUUCUCCCAUGUGUUUUAUACAAAAAUGGAAUUGAUAAACCAUUUUUUAAAAAAGUAA